UGUUUCCCCGUAUUUAGGAGUCUGCCUCUGCUGGGAAGGUCACAUGGUACCAACAUUGGAUUGAAUGGGUUAAUACAAGCGUACGCUUUUGUUCAAUAAGGACAGAAGAGGGAAAAGGGAGAAGAAAAUUGUAAUAUAUUACCGUAGAACACAAAUAUUGAAGAAAAUCGUCAGCGCAAAGACGGGCUAUUAGCCUAUUUUAAGGGACAACUUCCUGUGGAAUUAAACUUGAAAUGAGCUGUCUGGAUGGCCGCUGCAAUUAGUGUAUAGAGUGUAGAAAGCGAGUUUGCACAGUGUUCACCAGUCAGUGAACUACAAUCCUGGGGCACUCUGUCUAGGUGUUGAGAGGCCCCACGAUCCACCAGCACCAUGAGCUGGAGCUUCCUAACGCGGCUGCUGGAGGAGAUCUCCAACCACUCCACCUUUGUGGGGAAGGUGUGGCUGACCAUGUUCAUUGUCUUCCGGAUUGUGCUAACAGUGGUGGGUGGAGAGUCCAUCUACUAUGAUGAACAGAGCAAAUUUGUGUGUAACACGCAACAGCCUGGGUGUGAGAAUGUGUGCUAUGACGCCUUUGCGCCCCUCUCGCAUGUGCGAUUCUGGAUCUUCCAGAUCAUUUCUAUCACCACACCUACCAUUAUGUACCUCGGCUUCGCCAUGCACCGUAUUGCCCGUAGGGACGACAGCGAGUACCAGCCACGGACACGGAAGCGCAUGCCCAUGGUCACGCGCGGUGCAGCCCGGGAUUACGAGGAGGCCGAGGACAACGGUGAGGAGGACCCCAUGAUCGAAGAGGAGAUUGAACUGGAGAAGGAGAAGGACAAAGAGACAGAGAAGCCCAGUAAGAAGCACGAUGGGCGCAGACGGAUUAAACGUGACGGCCUGAUGAAGGUGUACGUGUUCCAGCUCCUGAUCCGCGCCGGUUUGGAAGUGGCUUUCCUGUUCGGCCAGUACAUCCUGUAUGGCCUGGAGGUGAUCCCGUCUUACGUCUGCACACGCAGCCCCUGCCCGCACACGGUGGACUGCUUUGUGUCGCGCCCCACCGAGAAGACCAUCUUCCUGCUCAUCAUGUAUGCCGUCAGCUGCCUGUGCCUGCUGCUCACCUUAAUGGAGAUCCUACACCUGGGCUUCAGCGGCAUCCGUGACGCCUUCCGCAGACGCUCAUCUCAACACCGCAGCCACGUGCCCAUGGCCAGCCAGCGGCCCUCCAUCUGCCGCCAGGUACCCAGUGCCCCACCCGGUUACCACACAGCCGUUAAGAAGGGCGGAAAGCUGCCCGGUGGCAUGAAGCCGUCUGACUUCCUGGGCGACUCGGGCCGGGAGUCUUUUGGGGAUGAGGCGUCAUCCCGAGAGCUGGACAGGCUGCGGCGCCACUUGAAGCUGGCCCAGCAGCACCUGGACCUGGCCUAUCAGAACGAGGAGAGCAGCCCAUCACGGAGCAGCAGUCCUGAAUCAAACGGCACAGCUGUCGAACAGAAUCGACUCAACUUUGCUCAGGAGAAACAGGGAGGAACCUGUGAAAAAGGAAUCCGAGCCUGAACUCUCGUCAACUUAGUCUGCUUCAACGUCUGCCAAAAUGUCCCCUGUGGAGAAGGGACAUGGACAGAUUCUUAGGAGACAUUUGUGUGGGUGUGAACGUGUGUCUGCGUGGUACAAACUACGUGCGCAUGUGUGUGUCUGCGUGAUGCAAACUACGUCUGUGUGCAAGCAUGUGUGCGUGCGUGUGUGUGUGUGUGUGCACUGGUGGAAAGACUGCCUCACAGUAUUAUGGCGAGUGAAGAUCAAAGAAACAUGCCAAACUCUGUUAAGGAACAUCUCCCCCACCAGCCAUACUUGAGAGCCAGUACGCCUGACUAUCCAAAGUGCCCAAGAGCCAAUGGUAGAGGAGCUGCUUUCAAUACCUAUCUCAUCCAGAAGGCGACUGUGCAGUACUUUUGAUUUUUUUUUUUUUUUUUUUUUUUAAUGUGUCAUAUAAAUUGAUGGGCAGUUUAUACCUCUCUUCUGAUGAAGUGCUGAGGUUUGCAUCUCAAAAUGCCUUAGACUUUAACUGGAGUUUACAUUUGUCAUUCCAAAAAGAGAGGCUUGACUUGGGGUCGAGCCACAGUAGAUGUUAUGUCGUGUCAAGUAUGUGUCAUACAGGAGGUUUAGUAUUGUUUAGUCUAGAGACCCAUAGUGAGUAUGCCUAUUAUAUAGCUGUGAUCUGGUACGAAACGUGGCUUUUUUUAGAAGGUAAGAACUUUCCACCACUCCGUAAGAACUUUCAGCAUUAACUGGUGGAUCAGUGCAACAGUGAACUGUGCAUCCAGGGAUGUGCUCGAAAGUUGUGUUUUUUUAUUUUGUUUUGUUAGUUAGUUAACAUAGAUCAGUGACCAUGGCCUUUGUUACAUGUUGUGUUAGGAAGCCACGUGUUUGUGCCUUUGUCCAAAAUGAAUGAAGCAAAAAACCUGGGAAAUGCUUGAAAUACUUGUGAAUCUUAAUGUUAAUGUUUCUGAAGCGUUUGCUAUAUAUUUCUCAUCUUUUGUACGAUCCCUUUCCUUUUUUUGUAUAUAAGGAGUACAUCUGUGGACUGUAACACAGUAUGAACAUAAGCUUUCGAUAAGUGUAAAUUGUUCACUGUUAUCUUUUAAUAACUUUUCUAUUUUAGAACAAUCUCUCAUCAGUCUUAUCAUGUUCAAAUGUGCCAGUUAUGCCCAGGAGUUAAGUGUGGAGCAGCUGCCUGUCCUUUUUUCCAAAAGCACUAGGAAGACUAACAGGGGAACAAGCCAUAUGCCUGGUGUAUUGACUUCCUUUGUCGUUUUGUACGCAUACCUGAUUAUAAAGUGUUUCUAUGCAACACCAUUACGAAAUAAUGUGUUCCAUCUUACAUAUCGGUACUUGACCUGUGGCAAUAUUAAUAUCGUGUCUGGCAACAAUAUAGCUUAAACACUUAUGACUGGGGCAAUACAGGAGAAUUUGUUGAAACGAAAUGUCAGCUAUUGUUCCAUUGAUACAUUUCAUUGCAUUUGUAAGCCUUGAGGCAAAAAUUUCAUCUCAUGGUAUUUUUGAUAUUUCUCCUGUUUUUUUAUACUUUUUGUACAAAUAGUAUUUUUUUGUGCUGUUUCUAUAAAUAAACAAUUUUGAACCGGUGAAGAUG